CCACUGGCUGUGUCUUCUUUUGCUCCCACUCGAUUAUGUCUUUCUCUCCCUCUCUGCCCUUAACGGCGUACAAACCUCUAGUCCUGCGGGGUACUUGAUCCCUGGCUUGCCAGUAGCAUUCCCUUCCUCCAUCCAUGUGUCUGUCCCUUUCUGUCAUCCCUGAGGAUAUUUGCUUUAGGAACUCAGUGUCUGUGUUCCACGUGGUGUGUUGCCCUCUUAUUUACAUUCCUGGACACUCUCUAGAAUAUGUACCCGUUUCUCAGUCCCGGGGCAAUUUUUUCUUCCCACCAUACCUUGUCUUUUACUUACACAGUCACUUACGCCUCCUACUCUUCUGUCUGUCCUGCUUAAUGGCAGAGCCUGACGUCAGGCUAUCAUGUACCCUGCAGUAUAGCCCACCCCAUACUUUGCCUGAGGUGUGUCCCUGCUCAGUACCUGAUAUCCCAGGUUUCUCUUGUAUGUUAUUGGUCCUUAUCCUGUCACCCAGCUUCUGCUAUAUGUUAUCUGUUCUGAUCAGAUUGUGUAGUGCAUGAUGUAUAUUUGCUGUUUUAUAUGUCUAACCUUACUUGUAAGGCAAAUAGCAAACCAGCUACUAGCAGUAAAGAAAGAGACAGCACACAAGUGAUGAUAAUUUGUAUUGUUGAUUGUCAUCCUUUUUUUCUUGGAACUGUGUUGACAGGAUUUCCUUUUUUUUUUUUUUUUUUCCCCCCCCAACAGUGCUACAGCACAACUACUUAACAGCGUAGCUGUGGCCUCUGCUGAUUGCUUGUCUCAUGACUUGCAGCAAAUAGUGAAACAGCUGUGCUAAUACUCAGGUGGUCUUGGUUCUGUCACUGCUUCAUCAAGGAAAACAGUUGUGGCUAGAGAUACCUAACUGGUACUGGCUGUGUGGUAUUUUCUUUCUCAUCUUCUUUUCUGUAGUUUUGAAAGGAGGAGAAGCAAUCCCAGUUUAUUAGCUCCGCUGGUCUGUUAUGCACAUCUUAUUCUUGGUACAAUAAGGGUAUGUUAUAAGGAUAGCAAGGAAGAGAGAGAAGCAAGUACAGCUUCUGUAUACUUUGAACAAAAUUUUAAAGCUUUACACCUCUUGGACAAAUAGGGGUUGUAUGGAAGUCUGAAGGUUCUCAAGUAUUACUCUGAAAUGUUCUUCAGUAUACCUAGUUCUUACUUGGUUGAAAAGUGACUAGCUCAAACAUGUCAUCUAACUUCCUGUUGUUGAAAUAGCAUUUUAGUAGUAACGGUUGCGAAAUCUCCGUUGAAUCAGAGAUGCCAACCACAUUUGAUUGUGUGUGAUUUAUAGCCAAGCCAUCAUUUUUCCUUUGGUAAAGAGGCUGAUAUGCAUCCCAUUAGGCCCUUAUGUGGGGGAACAGGGGUACCUAUCAAUCACCUCUUUCUGGAUAUGCUUGAAGUGGUUGGAUUGUAAUGGGUACAGUGGUCUUUGCCGUGUAGGUUGUAUGGGUAGCCUGUGCUUGUUGUAAGAUGUUGUCUCUUACUUAUAUGUAUGCUGUUUCCAAAGUCAUCUUUUAAUGUCAUCAUAUAUAGGUUUACUAUUCUUCUUUUGACUGUAAGACAUCCAGGCAAUUGGUGCAAUUUACAUUUUAAAUUACACUGUUAUUUCCAUUAUGGUCUUUACUGAAACUAACAUGCAAUUAUAAAUACUGCUGCUAUCAAAGGCAAAAUGCUCCCUUCUCCCCUAUUAAAUUGCGUUUCUAAGAAAUACAGCUCUCUGUGAUGGAAAGCAAUAUUUUAAAAUUACAGGGAGGCUCAUUCAUUCAUAUUCUUAUAUGAAAUGAAUGAUUCCUGUGUUACGUGUAACCCCGACUCACCUCAGGAUACCGCUUUCAAUUUACCAGUGCCAUUAAUUUAAGUGAGAUAUAUGGAGAUGAGGAGGAAGGUUGUUUUUAUAGGGAACUGUGUGGUGCCUUUUAAUUUUAAGAUAAUUGUAGAGAGAGAUUGUAAAAGAAGUAUCAUUUUUCUUAACCACCUCUUUCCAGGAAAAGUUGUGACUUCAGUUUGACGAUUUCAAGGAAUUAAUAGGGUGGAGCUGUGGUCUUGCUUUUGAUUCCUUACACAAAGGUCUUGUCUAAUAAUGUAUUGCUAAUUUUAGCUAAUGAAGCAUACAUCAGGUUUUUAAAAGGCACUUACAAAAGUAUUUUGAUACCUUAAUGGGUGUAGAGUGAGCAUAGUUUCUUUCAGUGCCUUGAAUCCAGAAAGCAUCUCAUAGGCAUUUUUUAUCUUUCAUGUAGUUAUGAUUGAGGUGGAGGGGGGAAAGAAGUCAGAUUUAAUGUUUUUAACUGUGGUAGCCAUCAGAUGCAUUUGGAGCAACAGUAGCUGAAAGGAAGAUAUAGAAAGAACAAAUGUUCCUUAGCAUUGCAUGUUAUAGGCAGGGAGGCAGUACUGUUCAUGAAUAUCCAUGACAGUGACUUUUAUAAAAAAUACCUAUUUCUGCUUACCCAAAUGAAGAAGAUACUACUUACACUAUUUUCUACAUGGUAGCACGAUUUGAAGGUUGCCAACAAGAAGCGGAAUAUGAAGAGAAAACAUAAUGUUAUUUUAAUUGCCUUAGGGAUAAAUGUGAAAUCUAGGCCAACAGAAUUGAAAGACCACCAGAUCAUUGUGUCCUCUAGCAGUGGUUGUUACUCACUGUACCUGGUAAGAGCAAGCUUGAAUUUUUUUAUACUUGUCACGUCCAAUGAUCAGAGACUCAUUUUUUGAUCCUGGAGAAUUAGAGUUGUCUAGUUUGUUUGUGAAGAAAAAUGUUGUUUAAAUUGUGGCAUCCUUUAGCAUAGAGGUAUUGCAUCAUGUUUGCUGAUCUGGAAAUCUCUCUUUCAUUUAAAGAGAUUAAAGAGCCACUAUUUGAAAGGCAUGCUUGUCUGAUUUGUUCUCUGCAUCCCUGUGCUUAUCCAGAUGGGAUUAUCUGUAACCACUGACACAGAAUAAUACUGUACAAUGAGAGAAGCUGUAUUGACUCCAGAGAUUUGGGAAAAUCUCUGGAGAAAUUGCCAUAUUUUUUAAAGCAACCAUGGUGCUUAGAAAUAAUGUUUUUUCUUCUACAGAGUUUAUGAUUAGAUAUGAGGCAAAUACGGAGAAUAAACAAUAGGAAGAGAUGGAAUUGAAGCAGCUCUUGUUUCAGAUUUAUAGUAGUGUUACAAAUGGAGAAAGAACUAAAUGAUCUCCUUCAGUGGAAAGAAAAAGAAGGGAAAGAGCUACAUGCUUGCCAGUUCCUGUGUCAAAAGAAAAUGCUGCAAGAUGUCAAAAAGCAACUCCAAGUCAUGCAUGAAAAAUUUAACAAAUUGAAAGAAGAUUUUGUCUAUAACCUAAGAAUUUUAGAAGAGAGAGAUAAAGAGUUAGGACACUAUGAUGUCACAGUCGCUCGUCUGAAAACAUCUGAAAAUGCUAAACAGGCAGAGAUUAGUGAUCUUCGAGUACAACUGGGUAAAAUGGAGCAAAUGCUUGUCAAGGAAAGAAGAAAAAGAUGCAAACUUCAUUAUUACUAUCAACAACACAUUGAAGAACAUAAGUUAGAGCUGGAACGGCUUUGCAGCUCUAGGAACAGUCACAUAGAUCAUCAGCAUGAGGAGUAUGUGAACCUGAAACAUCACAAGGAGAGAAAAAUCCAAGAACUGGAAGGAGAGCUUGCUUGUCAGAAGCAGGAACUGCUAGCUGAAUUUGAUGCAGAAAUGAAAAAGAGAGAAUGCGAGUUUCAAAAGCAGACAAUUGAAAUGGGUAACUUAGUUCUGUCUCAUGAAGUUAAGGUGAAGCUGCUGACCAGAGAACUGGAGGCCCUCAAAGAGAUGAGAAUGCAAACACCAGAAUCACUGGAAACAGCAGAAAUCUUUGAUUUGAGACUGGAGAAAGAAAACCAGUUCAACGAUUUUGUUACUGUGAAAGAUGCUUGGCAUGAAGAACUAGCUCAUGCUGCCAAGGAGAAGGAUGCAAUGCCAGCUUCAGUGAAAGAAGCCCAAGUCAAACAAUUUAAAAAGUUGAAGCAGCAGAUUAGAGAACUGCAGAUGAGACAUAAAAAUCUGGAAAUUGAGCUAUGCAGAAGAGAAUGGAGUCACAGUGCUUGUUUAAGAGAGAAAGAUGCUCUUAUUAGAAAGCUUAAACAACUGUGUCUGGCAGCUGAGAGCAAGUGGAUUCUGGAACAGAGUAAAAUGCAAGUAGAACUGGACUGGCAGCAGAUCUGUGAGAAUGCUGAAAGUAAUUGGUAUCAGAAAUCAGAGGAUCUAACACAAAGCCUGUCUUCAGCCAGAGAGCAGGUUAAAGCUGAUCUACAGAAAACAGACUACAGCUCGCAUGAAGCGAAGACUGUUCUUUCUGCUUUGACUGUUGAGGGAGAAGAGACAAUGCAAGCAUCGUUUAAUCACAGUAUUUUACCUGAAGGGGAGAAACAGAUAUUUCAGUGUGAUGAUAAAAGUUCUCUGAGCAAAGAUAUUCCUACCUUGGAAAUAAAAAAGCUGCAGGAGCAGAAUGCCAACCUUCGGGCUGCUAUUGCACAAAUGAGGAAAGAAAUGGAGAGUCUUGAUGAGCAGAUCUUGUCCUCUCUUCCUCUGACAGAAAACAGACAGCUUGCAGAGCAAGGUUCAUCGUGCACAAACAAAAUUUUAACUGGAACCACUUUGAGCAAUAUCAAAGUCAGCUCAACUAACUUGGAUUGUAUAGUAAACCCAGACACAGAAGAGGGGCCAAAAGCCAAAGUUCUUGAAGAAAAGAUGGUGGAUCUUGGACAAGAGUUACCUGAUGUAGGUCCUGGUGUCGGUCUUCAGUAUGGUGUCAGCUGCACUCUACAAGGAAUGCAAAAUAAACUGAAGGAAGCAGCAAGAAAAAUCUCAAUUCUGAGCCAAGAGAAGCAGCAGCUGAUUGAAAUGGGAAACAGACUCAGGGCAGAACUUGUAAUGGUAUUAAAGGAAGGACUUUGGCAUCCUGUUAGCUCUAAGGGCUGCACAGUUUGUAUUGCCUCUGGUAGUCUUUUUCCAAGAGAGCUUGUCAAAAGAACACAGUGUCAGCUAUCAGCUUUAAAGCAUCUACAGCACAGGCUUACAACACAGGAGCUGCAGUAUACAAAGCAACACCAUCCCUCAAGGAUGUCUUCUCUAAUUGCCUGCCCUAGCUUAAAGGAAGAAGAAGCUCCAAGCAGCUGUGGAGAAGAAACAGAAUUACCAUCCGCUGAGGUUCAGCUAGAUUUCUCUAUUGAAAAUCAUGGGCCAGAGCAGCGAAAGGCAGAUACAUCCUCAAAAAUCGUUCAGAGUCAGCCACUCGGGCAGAGUCCUAGUCAAGCCCAGCAAGUCCAGCUUUCUUCAUCUGGAGCACAUAAUUUCUGCCAAGGUAUUUGGCAAACUUUAGAAAUGGGAUCAAGCCCUUCUGUUCUCAGUCCUCAAAAGAACACUGACCAAGUGGAGUUUGAAGUUACACACUCAACUGAGCAAUCUGAAGAAUCUCGGCAACAUAUCAAAACCAAGGAUAAACUUGAAAUGCCAUCUGCAGAUUUGAAAGUCAGAGGAACCAGGCUGGAAGUUCAGCAGAAGUUAAAAUCCAGGAAUUUACCUUGUGCUUAUCCCAUAAAACCAAAAAUCUCUUCUAAAAUGGCAAAAAUCCGCAACUAUAAUAUUAAAGACUGAUUUCUUUGUUGGCAGCAAGUUCCAGGUCCACACUUGCUAUUAACUUACUUUGAAAUCUAUAAAUCAGGUCUAAAUAUUUCAUUUUCGUAUGUCGAGUUGGGAUAUUUGCAGUCAGAAGAGAGAACAAAUACCCUGUUUCAUACUCUGAACCCUAAAGUAAAGGUUAAUCUGUGUACAUUA